CAAGCUCCCUGACAGACUUCAAAGCUCUUAAGAGACUGCUCUCACAAUGGCACAGGUGGAGAUGUUCUUCUGAACACCGUGUUUUGGUUAACCAGGUAAACAGCUGCUUUCAGACACUGCUGCUGUAGAAGUGAUUGUAAUCUCAAAGCAUCACAGCCUGCUGAUUGCCUUUCCCAUUGAUGAAAAUGUAGAGACUUUGGCAAAGAGGCAAGAGCUUUGGCCUGGAUGGAACUAUUAUUGAUGAAAGUAUUGCAGCUCCAUCCCUGGCAUCAAAACUCGCUUUUAAGUGCUGGAACUCAGAGAUGCCUUUGAGAAUGUUCUCGUCAGACACGGGGGUCUGCGUUACGGCCAGCUGGUUUGAUGUUCGCUGGCAGUCCGACAGGAGCUGGGUCUCCCCUGGCAGGGCAGGCAUUGCGGAGGAUGAGCGGAGCCGAGGGCGCACGCUUCAGGAGGGUGGCGAUCCGCAGGAAAUCCAGCGCCGCUCCCGGUGCCGGCGGAGCAGCGCCCGGCAGCACGGCCGCAGGUAACCCCGCAGGCAGCAGCAUCUGUCCAAAGCCCUUAAUACUGUCUAGAGUUUGUGCAGUGAGUGCCACAGCCAGGCUUGUGGAGCAGAAUGUACGCAAUGAAGCGGCUCAGGGAAUAAAUGGAAGUGUGCCACUCAAACAGUCCCCACGUUCAGCUUCAAGUCCAAAGCCACAAGUGCCUCCAAAGCCAAUUCAUCUGCAGAAGGCAACAUACCAAACCCCUAGGCAUAAAGCUUUAACAAAUCAGAAACCAAGAAUGGAGGAAGAGACACCUGCUGCUGUUCCUAGUGUCACAAAGGAAAAGUCCAGUAAAGUGUCAGAUCUCAUCAACCGUUUCGAGGGAGGCAGCUCCCUGAAUCCUAGUGAUUUGAAGAAAGAUUCCUCUGUUCUCCAUGUGACUAAAUCUCAAGGAAGAUAUGGGUCCACACCAUCACCUCAGCCAAAACUCCCCUCCCAGCACUCACUACAGAAACAGGGAAACAGUGACACUGACAAAACUCAGGUUGCACAGCUGCCCACGGCCAACGGCGUCGUCGUAGCACAAGACCAGCCGGAGGAUGAGGACCGGCGAUUGCCGGACCGAGGCUCGGCCGUCUCCACCCCACUCCCAGAGGAUGCCAUGGACGGCAGCUUGAUCAACGGGGAAGGAGAAAGUGCUCGCAGAGAGUCAUUGCAAAGUGUGCCUGCCUGCGAGGAGCAGCUGCUCAACAGCUGCCACAGGACUCCGAGCAGCGACACGCUGCUCCCAUCCGAAAAUGAAACUCUAGAAAUUAACACUGAUGUCAAGGAAGAACCAGCUGAGGAAAGCAGUAAACAAGAUCAACCUGUAGAAACAAAGGAGACAGACGAGCAGAAACGUCACAAAAUUGCCAAUGAACUUCUGCAAACAGAAAAAGCCUACGUUAGCCGGCUUGACCUCCUAGAUGGGGUAUUCUAUUCCAAACUCCUUGAGGAAGCCAACAGAGGUUCAUUUCCACCUGAAGUGAUUAAUAAAAUAUUUUCUAACAUUUCAUCAAUAAACGCCUUCCACAGUAAAUUCUUACUUCCGGAACUUGAGAAACGAAUGCAAGAAUGGACUACCACCCCUAGGAUUGGAGAUAUUCUGCAAAAGUUGGCUCCUUUCCUCAAGAUGUACGGCGAGUACGUGAAGAAUUUCGAUAAUGCGAUGGAAUUGGUGAAAACAUGGACUGAACGGUCACCUCAGUUCAAAUGCAUUAUUCAAGACAUUCAGAAGGAAAAAGUGUGUGGAAAUUUGACAUUGCAACAUCACAUGCUAGAACCAGUCCAACGCAUUCCACGCUACGAGAUGCUUCUAAAGGACUACCUAAGGAAAUUGCCUCAGGAUUCCCUAGACUGGAAAGAUGCUGAAAAAUCCCUGGAAAUUAUAUCCACUGCAGCAAGUCACUCAAACAGUGCAAUAAGAAAGAUGGAGAACCUGAAGAAGUUGUUAGAGAUAUACGAGAUGCUGGGAGAAGAGGAAGACAUUGUGAACCCAUCAAAUGAGCUGAUAAAAGAGGGACAGAUCCUCAAACUGGCUGCUCGCAACACAUCUGCUCAAGAGCGGUAUCUUUUCCUGUUUAACAAUAUGUUGCUCUACUGCGUCCCCAAAUUCAGCCUGGUUGGAUCCAAGUUCUCGGUUCGAACCAGGGUUGGCAUAGAUGGCAUGAAGAUUAUAGAAACUCAUAAUGAAGAAUAUCCACAUACUUUCCAAGUGUCUGGAAAAGAGCGGACACUGGAGCUGCAGGCAAGUUCUGAACAGGAUAAAGAAGAAUGGAUAAAGGCACUUCAGAGUACUAUUGAAGCUUUUCAGCAGAGGAAUGAAACUUUCAGAAAUGCUAUUGCUAAAGAAUAUGAAGACAUGCCUGUUGAAGUCUCUAAUGCUGAGCUUGGGAAGAGGGCGCCGAGGUGGAUCCGGGACAACGAAGUCACCAUGUGCAUGAAAUGCAAGGAACCCUUCAAUGCACUGACAAGGAGGAGGCACCACUGCCGAGCGUGUGGACAUGUGGUUUGCUGGAAAUGUUCUGAUUACAAAGCACAUCUCGAAUAUGAUGGCAAUAAAUUGAACAAAGUCUGUAAGGAUUGCUAUCAUGUUAUAAUUGGUUGUACAGACAGUGAAGAAAAGAAGAGAAAGGGCAUUUUGGAGAUUGAAUCUGCAGAAGUCUCUGGAAAUAGUGUCAUAUGUAGCUUUCUUCAGUACCUGGAGAAGUCCAAGCCCUGGCAGAAAGCAUGGUGUGUCAUACCCAAACAGGAGGCUCUUGUGCUCUACAUGUACGGUGCUCCACAGGAUGUCAAAGCUCUGGCUACAAUUCCUCUUCUGGGCUACACAGUGGAUGACACUCCAAAAAGUGCUGACCUCCCCCACAGCUUCAAACUGACCCAGUCCAAGUCUGUGCACAGCUUUGCUGCAGACAAUGAGGAACUGAAACAGAAGUGGCUAAAAGUUAUCCAUUUAGCUGUCAAAGGUGAGACACUAGAAUAUCAAAAUGAACUGCAAGUGAAUUUGGAAGAGCAUCCUGAAUCUUCUAAAAGAUCUGAAUGCUGAAGCUCAAGAACAUGUGGCAUUUUUAAAUGAUUUCAGUUGAAAUUGUGGUUAACCUUUCUUUGCUCAAUCAAGGAAAAAAAAAAAGAAAAAAAUGAAAAAAAAGAUAAAAACUUCUUACUACCAUACACAUCUUGGCACUUUAUGUUUGGGAAAGAAUUCUGGUCUUUUUAGGGAUCUUUUUCUUAUAUUUAUGUUCUGUCAAUAAAAGUGAUGUACAGGUCCAUUUCAGAGACUUUUAAAAAAAAUGUGAACGCUAUUAAAAAUACUUACUAACUUUACUGUACUACUUGUUUGUUGUAAUGCAAUUUUUUUAAAUCCAGUUGCUCUUCAGUUAACAUUUGCUACUUUCAUUACCAAUGCAAAUAUUUGAAGCUUCCUACUUACAUGUUAGGACUUGCAACAGGAUAAAAGAUAUACCUCCACAUUGCCAAAAUAGAUCUGUACUUAAAUAUGCAGGGACAGUUUGGUUUAAUGUAUGUAGUUUAUAGAUUGAUUUCCACAAUUCUGUACAUAUGUUGUAUUCACUUGUAUCUUUUUAAUUAAAGUAAUGCAAAUUGCUGUCACAGGUAUAUUGGCUUUUAAGGUUUCAAUUUAUCAAGGAAAAAAUCUAAUGGUUUUCAAUCUAGAAAUAAAUACCUAAAAUAUGAGAAAACUAUAUAUAAUAUAUGUACAGUAUUAAAAAUGUACAAUACUUGUUUAUUGCUUUGAUUUCAUGAUAUUGGGUUCUUAUUAGUGAAUAAUUUAUUUAAAAAAAAAAAAGCAUGUUUCCUAUUUCAAAUUAAACACAAAUUGAACAAUACUGUUCAGUGAUUUGUUUUACUGGCUGACACUUAAUGAUCUUGAUAUUUUUAUGCAUCAAAAAAUUAGCAGUAAUGUCAGUGGCAUGCAAUGGACAAAUGAGUUCCAGUUGUGUUUAAAACAAGUAGUCGCUUUUCUUCAGUGUCCUAUCACUGUUAGCUUAUAAGAGUGCAGUAGUUUGUUGCUUAAAUGCAGUAUGUGGUUUGAGAAAAGCAACAGAUUCUAGUAACCUUCUGGGAAUGUGUAUUUUUGCUAUUACAAUUAUUGGAGCAAAAGAACAUUUUGAACUAAAGUUUUUUAAUUUUUGUAGAAGAUUAGGUAUUGUAAUGCUUAUUUAUGACAACAGUCUUCAAGGAUUAUUGUUUUAAAGUGGAGCCUGGUUUCUAAAAAUGUAGUAUGAAGUCUGAGCUUGCAAAUCUGAAAUUUUAUGAACUAACAUUAUUUGUUUUCUGCUUCUGGGUAUAAGGACUCACUGGCUUUACAAUAUUAAGUCCUUAUGAACUUCCAUUCCUAUUAGGGUUUUUAUACAUAGAGGCGAAUGAUCUCCCUAAAAUUUUUGCUGUUAUAUUCUUGAAUGAAAUAUGGCAAACUCAGAGGUAGUGAUUGACUAUCAAUUAAAAUCAUUGCUGUCUUUCCUUUCUGAAACCCUUAAAGAAAGGAAAAUAUGUAACUUCUACAAUCACCUUGUCACAAGAACAUUCAGGAGUCUUCCUUCUCAAUAAAUCUGCAGUCUGUAUUUUAAAUCACAUCAAGCUGAAGAGCUCAGGUUCAAUUUUGUUAGUAGCAUGACAGAUUUAAAUUGUUGGAUUUUUAUAAUGAAUUUGCCAAACAAACUAUCCACUAUCCUACUCCUGCUUUAUUCCUUAAGCAACAAAUAGGGGAAAAAAAACCCAACUCAUUUUGCAUUUAGCAAGGGAUCUGUUUGUAGUGUCAAGCACACAUGAGCAUGCAGUGUCCAUCAUUCCUUCAUAAGAAUGUCAUGUAACAUAGUGGGAUGGAUUUUGCUCUUACCUGCACAGAUCCAAGAUCUACCAUAGCCUUCAGAUUCCACAGCUUUACACCAGUGUUAAUAAUGAUCAGGACAUGGUAUGGUAGAGUACUAACUCUCCAGCUCACUCGAUGCACGUCUGAAUUCUUUUCCUUGGGUGCUCCCUGUGUCCAGAUUAUUCUGGAUAUAACCCUAGUAUUACUUUUAUCCAAUGUGCAAGCCCUUCUGUAAUUCUCUUAGAGAUUUUAAGUUGAUUCUACUGGCAGCUGUGUUUACCUUUAGCAAUGGGCAGCUCAAGCCUGUUUUGAUUCAUGUUGGUGAAUACCAUCAGAUUUUUGCCAAGGUAACAUAAGAUCUCCCUAGCUAAUAUAUGUAAGCUUACAUAUGCCUUGGCAAGGGAUGGGGGAACAUUCAGCUAAGCAAGCAGAACUCAUGGUGGCUAUCUUUGCUUCACAGCCAUCUCCCAAGAGAGGGUUAUCUUCUACGAGAGCCUCAAAUGCAAUUGUGGGAUAUGGAGAGUUGUCCUGCCACAUUCCAGUGUAUAGAAACAGUUUCCCAUGGUCAAGGUAUUGAGCAUAAAGGAAGGAGUUGCUUUAAAGGAGUUCUCAGAUUGGAAGGAGUGAGUUGCACUGAAAAUACUGAUGAUAUGGCUGUAGAAUCAAUUAGGUUGGAAAAGGCCUCUAAGCUCACUGAGUCCAACCAUUGCCCAGCACUGCCAAGUCCAGCACUAAACCUUGUCCCUAAGUGCCACUCUACACACCUUUUAAAUACCUUCAGGGAUGGUGGCUCAACCCUUUCCCUAGGCAGCCUGUUCCAAUGCUUUACCUCCCUUUUGGUGACAAAAUGUUUUCUUAAAUCCAAUCUAAAACUCCCCUGGCACAACUUCAGGCCAUUUCCUCUUAUCCCAUUGCUUGUUUCUUGGGAGAAGAGACCUUGCCAUCAUCUCCUU